UCGGACGUGCCUAGGCAGCAAACUAGAAAAUACAAAAUACAACAACUAGACAUAACCGAAUUUUAAGCAUAAGCAAAAAUAGUUGCGUACUUAAAGCGUUCCUCAAUUCAUUUUUUGGAAAAUAUUUCGAAAAAGAAGCUAAUUAAAUAAGCAAAAAUGUCCGCACGCCGCGUUACAGUAAACACACGCGUCUCGCGCGCCUCCACGUCGACGCCAGUUGGCGGAGCCUCGACCUCGGGGCGCUUGGGUGGUGCCACAAGCCCCACCAGCCCCACGCGUACCACACGCCUGCAGGAGAAGGAGGAGUUGCAGCAUCUGAAUGACCGUCUCGCCUGCUACAUCGAUCGCAUGCGCCAUCUGGAAAACGAGAACGGACGCCUCACACAGGAGUUGCACCUGGCACAGGAUACCGUCAAUCGCGAGACCUCCAACCUGAAAGCGGUCUACGAGAAGGAGUUGGCCGCAGCACGCAAGCUGCUCGAUGAGACGGCCAAGGAGAAGGCCAAGCUCGAGAUCGAUAUUAAGCGUUUGUGGGAGGAAAAUGAUGAUUUGAAGCAAAGACUCGACAAGAAAACUAAAGAGGCUACCGUGGCCGAGAACAAUGCACGCCUCUAUGAAUCUCGUUACACCGAAGUGAAUGGCAAAUACAAUCAGGCCUUGGCCGAUCGCAAGAAGGCCGAGGAUCAGGCUAAGGAUUUGGCGGCGGAGAAUGAGCGUCUGCGCCGGCAACUGGAUGAUCUGCGCAAGCAGCUGGAGGCCGAGACUUUGGCACGCGUCGAUCUGGAGAACCAGAACCAGAGUCUGCGCGAGGAGCUGGCCUUCAAGGAUCAGGUGCACUCACAGGAGCUGACCGAGACGCGUUCGCGUCGCCAGAUCGAAAUCAGCGAGAUCGAUGGACGCCUGGCGCGCCAAUAUGAGGCGAAGCUGCAGCAAUCGCUGCAGGAGCUGCGCGAUCAGUAUGAGGCACAGAUGCGCGUAAAUCGUGAGGAGAUCGAGCUGCUCUACGACAAUGAGAUACAGAAUCUGAAGGCAGCCGCCGCCCGUGCCGCUCAAGGCUCGAUGCACGCCACCGAGGAGGUGCGUCUUAUGCGUACCAAGAUCGAUGGCCUCCACAGCAAACUGCAGGAGCUGGAGAACACCAAUGCCGGAUUAAAUGCACGCAUACGUGAGCUGGAAAAUCUCUUGGACACGGAGCGUCAACGUCAUAAUCAGUACAUUGCCUCACUGGAGGCAGAUCUGCAGCGUAUGCGCGAUGAGAUGGCGCAGCAGCUGCAGGAGUACCAGGAUCUGAUGGAUAUCAAGGUGUCGCUGGAUCUGGAGUUGGCAGCCUACGACAAGUUGCUGUGCGGCGAGGAGCGUCGCCUAAACAUUACCUCACCCGGCCGUCCCGGCACCGAUUCUGGCAUCUCCAGCAAUGGCACCCAUUUGAGUGCCAGCGGUGGCUCUCGUUCAGGCCGUGUUACGCCCAGCGGGCGCCGUUCCGCUACACCGGGCAUAUCCGGCUCGAGUGCCGUGAAACGCCGCCGCACGGUUAUCGAUGAGAGCGAGGACCGCACCCUGUCCGAGUACUCGGUGAAUGCGGCCGCCAAGGGCGAUCUGGAAAUUAUUGAGGCAGACACAGAGGGUCGCUUCAUUAAGCUGCACAACAAGGGCACCGAGGAGAUCAACUUGACCGGCUGGCAAUUGACACGCAUUGCGGGCGAUGAGGAGCUCGCCUUUAAAUUCUCGCGCGGCUCAAAGGUGUUGGGUGGCGCAAGUGUGACCAUUUGGUCGGUGGAUGCGGGCGCUGCCCAUGAUCCGCCAAACAAUUUGGUCAUGAAGAAGAAGUGGCCGGUGGCCAAUUCAAUGCGCUCGGUGCUGGCCAAUGCCGACAAAGAGGAUGUUGCCAGCUACGACCGUGUCCGUGCUAACGUUUCCAGCCACGUCUCGCGGCAUCGCAGCAGCGGCACGCCCAGCACCGGUUUUACCCUCGGUUCCGGAGCUGGCUCCACUGGCGUAAGAAGCCUCUUCUCGCUGCUCUUCUAAACAGAAACCACACAACUCAACUCAACAAACACACACAAAUACACACACACACACACACACAGCAUAGAAGAUUCACCCACUCAUAGAGACUCACAAAAAGAUGGAGGAUAAGAAGAUGGAGCAGCAUCUGGAGAGAACUGGAACACGUGCAACAUUCACACAUCAAAACUGAUUUUUGAUGCAUAUCAAACUUAAAACUGCAAGUUAUUUAAUGUACAACAACCACAAUAUUGUAUUGGCUGGCUCUAUAUAUGUUUAAUAUGCUUAAGAGAUGUUCAAAACGUUUUUUGUAAUUUAUAAAUGGCAAACAUGCAUUUGGUAAAAAUAAACAACGCACACGUUAAAAAG